UUUUUCUUCAAACGAGCACACGCUCUUUUUUUUUUUGCCCUUUUUCCUAGUCAGUUUCUCUACUUGGUCAAUUCAAGCAACCGACUUGAACCAACUUGACAAUACAGACUUCGUACAGAAUUCAUAGACAAGUACAUACUUCCAUGGCUUCAGGGGAUCCACUUUUUGAAGACGAUGCAUUCGCAGCAAGCCAGUCGCUAGAACAAGAAUUGCUCGGCAAGGGGUACAACAUUACUUCACUAGGGCCAUCACUUGCAGCAGAAAUUCAUUCAGCAACGACCACGCCCGAAACAGCAACCACACCAGAACGAUUGCCACCGAAUGCUGUUGGAGGAGGAGGAUUAGGAAUAGGAUCACAAGGAGGUGGGAUUCGCGACAGCCACAAUGAACAUGAUUUGCAUGAGCUUUUGGUUGGAGCAGCAGCACUAUCCAACAAUAACAAUCACCAUCACCUUGACGACUGCACUACAACGGCGACAAGCAGCAACCCAGCGAGUCCUACUGGGAUCGCGUCACCGUCGAUGCCAUGGUCACCAACAACCUGGAUGCGGAGUCGACGGAGCUCAUACUCUUCGUCGACGUGGAGCACGACGGACAAUAUCAUCAACGACGUGGACGAGAUUGAUCCGUUCGAAUACCUGAAACGACAACUCGAAGAGUUAAAUUCAGCCAUAUGGGAGACCAAGACGCUCCACAAACGCAUGUUCAAUACGGUAUUGGCAGACCCGAAUAUGCAAAAGGCACCUCCGCUCGAAUUGGCGAUUACAUCCGUGAUCAGUCUGGUAGAGCGGAAAUCCAAGGACCGUGAGCGACAGACAAGCUCGCUGAGGAACAUUGACAGCUCGAUCCGUAAAGAAGGCAUGUGGAUGACACUGGAUGUGAUCCGGGAACUCGACUUGCUAGUCCAGACCAUGAAGAUGACGCUGUAUGAUCCUAACUAUGCGUACGAGAAUCCGCUGCCAACGCUGCAUCAGCUGCAUGCUGAAACGUCGUCCAUGACCCAGUCGCUCGAGGAACUCAAGGAGAUCAUGUACGUUAAUAAGCGUCAAGUCCAGGAACUCAACUCGCGUUUACGGUCGAUCGCAAAGACGGUCCAUGAGGUGCGCAAGGAUAUCCGGCGAAUAAACAAGUUUCUCGAGGACAAGGACGACGAGGAAGAGGUGGUUGUGCUCGAAAAGGGCGAGGUCGGCGAGCGCGUCAAGGAGAUUAUGUGGGGAUUGGACGAUCUGGAUCGAAAGAGCACCACACAGCUGAAAGAAAUGCAGCUGUUUUGGGAACAGCUCUGCUAAUUUAUUUUUUUAUACUUUCAUAUUACACACACACACACACAAAUCACGUAUAUAUUAUAUCACAAGGAGAGGCUUAAUGUCGCCAUUUUGUUCCUUUUCUAGCUACCUCUUCAACAUACCCGUGCUACAUCAUCUUCCUCAAUUCUUCUGUAUAAGCAACAUACUCUCUCUCUCUCUCUCUGUCAUGUCUGAUUGUAUACCAUCUAUCUAUCUCUGCUGCAACAGCAGCAGCAGCAGUUGUUGUUGUUGUUACCUAUCUUCUUUCUUUGUUUUUUAAAAUCCAUAUUAAGAGCCACCACACUUCUCAAAAUUCGAGAGUAAUAUAAAGAGCUGCUCGUUAUUGAUGAUACAACUUGAC